UCAUCCCCUUUCUUUUUCUCUCUCACUUUUUCAUGCAUUCACUGGACAAGCUGCAGCUCACUAAUACCACCCGCAACUUCCUCCGACCAUCGGACGCCGGAAUGUGCGACCACACAACCAUGAUUAAAACCAAGAAUGCACGCCGGAGACGGCUCAGAGUUCGUAAACUGAGGUACAAAUGGCAGAGGAAGGUACACGCGGCAGAGGAAGGCGAGGGCGACGAAUUACUCGAAAAUGGAGUUUCGGAAUCGAAUUGUGAUCCAGUACUACUCUUUGAGAACGAAUCCAUUUCGGCGUCUGAUAGUGGAGUGUACAGUGAGAUCUCGAUCAUAGGGCGGAGGAAGGAGAUGGAAGAUGAAGUUAGAGUGGAAUUGGGAUUGACGGCGAUUAAUGAUGAGAAGUACGAUUUCUUCGCCGUGUACGACGGACACGGUGGCGCGCAGGUGGCGCAGGUGUGCCGCGAGCGUUUGCACCGGAUUGUGGCGGAGGAGAUUGUGGCUCGGGGAGAGAUGGAUGAGGCGGAGUGGACGAGGUUGAUGGAGAGGUGCUUUGAGAGAAUGGACGGCGAAGUGAGUAGCGGUGCUGCUGUGAUGAAGACGGUCGGCUCGGCGGUGGUUUCCGCGGUGAUCGGAAAGGAGGAGGUGGUGGUGGCCAACUGCGGCGAUUGUCGAGCCGUUUUGGGUAGGGAUGGAAUUGCCUUGCCCUUGUCUAACGAUCAUAAGCCUGGCAGAGCUGAUGAGUUGAAGAGAAUUGAAUCUGCUGGUGGGAGGGUCAUAAACUGGAAUGGCUACCGCGUGCUAGGAGUUCUUGCCACUUCAAGAUCCAUCGGUGAUGAAUAUCUUAAACCAUUCGUAAUCUCCAAACCAGAAGUGACUGUGACCAAGCGAACCGAAAAGGAUGAGUUCCUCAUAUUAGGAAGUGAUGGUCUGUGGGACGUGAUUUCGAACGAAAUUGCCUGCAACGUAGUAAGGAGAUGUUUUGGAGGCAAAAUGAAGAGGAUUUCAUUAAAGGUGGCGAAUGACAACCAUGUCGCUGAAGCUGCAACAGUGUUGGUGGAGCUUGCGGUGGCUCGUGGAAGCAAGGACAACAUCAGUGUAAUAGUAGUAGAUUUGAGGAAAACAAACAGUUCUUCCUCUCCAUGAUGCAGCAUGUUUCUUUCAACUUCGUUUCCAUAGCAUUACCAAGAAUCCAACGGUUUUGUGUAGACUUUUUCGACUCGACUUUACCGCAAGCUCACCGUGGAUUCAUUUUGACUGUGGAUAGAGGUAAUUGUGUGACACUGAUAUGCUUAAAAUGGCUGUUGAAUCAAGAAACUGCAGCGAUAAUAUAACAUCUAAUUCAUGUGUUUUUUUAUAACUGGUUCUUCAAUGAAUGUAUAUUGAUAUCUUACAUCUUGUGGCUGUGCCUUUCGUUUGUUUGGAAAUCUGUGUAAGACUAUGUUUUUCUCAUCCCAUGGCUUUUAAUUUCUAUCGAAUCAUA